GCGCCGUCGACAUCCGUUAAAUAUCGAUGGAUGCUGAUCAAGACUUGAAUUUCGCGAUUGGAUGGAAUCGAUUCAAUUUGGGUCUCGUCGGCAUCUGGCCCGAUCCGCUGCAAAAUUCCAAGCGAAAUGGUGGAUUAUCCCGAUGUCGUUUUCUGACAGCUAGUUUCUUUAUGCUGGGUUUCAUGUGCAUACCGCAAUCGAUAAAUCUGAUAUUUAUUUGGGGUAAUGCGGACAUGAUGACCGAGAAUUUAGCGACCGCCAAUAUUCCAGUCGCGAAUGCUUUCAUGAAAGCAUUCACCAUCUGGCAUCAUAGAAAAGCUCUGAAGCUGUUGGUCGACUUCUUCUACCAGGAUUGGCACGCGCCCAAGACGUCAGAGGAGAGAACGGCCAUGCUGAAGAGCGCUAAGCUCGUCAGAAAGAUAUCUAUCUGGUGCACGAUACUAACGCAGACCAUGGUGACCAUUUACAUCGUCCUAAGAAUCUCGAUAAUCGUCAAGUUUCCACGAAGCGAUCCGGCCCGUCCCUUGCUUUACACGGCCUAUUUCCCCUUCGAUGUUACUCGAAGUCCGAUCUUCGAGGUGAUUUGCGUGUGUCAAAUAUUGUCGGCUUACAGCGCAACAGUUUCUUACACCGGAAGCGACAGUUUCAUCUCCAUGCUGGUGCUUCACGCUUGCAGUCAAUUGCAAAAUUUGCGCGAAAGGUUGAAAAAUCUUGCUAACAAUCCAAGGGGGGCGAAAACAGUCGAGGAGUUCAAGAAUGAACUGACGCGAAUCGUGAAAAGGCACGAGCAUCUGAACUGGUUUGCAAAAACAAUCGAAGAUUGUUUCAACACGGUGCUCUUAAUACAGAUGCUUUCUUGCACCGUUCAAUUAUGCUUUCAAGGUUUCCAUGUGUUUAGGUUACUAAUAAAUGAAGAAGAAAACGAAUCAUCGACUUUCCAAUUAAUUUUUCUAGUCACUUUCGUAGGUUUUGUCCUAGUCCACCUGUACAUCUAUUGUUAUGUCGGUGAGGUGCUGCUUGUGCAGAGUACCGAGAUGGGUUUCUCCGCGUAUGAAUCGAACUGGUUUAACGUGCCUGGGAAGGAAACAAGGAGCCUUCUAUUAAUCAUGCACAGAUCGUCAAUGCCGCUUUGCUUAACUGCUGGAAAAUUUAGCACAUUUUCCUUGCAAAUGUUUAGCAAGGUAAAACAAACUUUUGUCAAAUAUUUCAUAUUUUAUACUUUAUCAUCAAAUUUUAUUAUUCUAUUAAAGAAAUGUGCGUUCAUUAGCAUCUUAUUUUUGCCUAAAAAGGUAGACUCCGAAUACGCGCACGGAUGGAAUCGUUAUACUAUGAUAUUUAUGGGAAUUUGGCCGGAGAAUUUUGGUCGAAUUUCUAGCUACAACGUGAUAGUCCCAGUUCUAACAAUGUUCUGCUUCGUAUGCGCGCCACAAUCGGCCAAUUUAUUGUUCAUCUGGGGCGACUUUGACUUGGUGGUAGAAAACUUUUCCAUGGCAAAUAUAACCAUUACGAUCUCGCUGUUAAAGACCAUCAUAUUUUGGUUAAACAUUGGAUCCAUGAGAACACUCAUGUCAUACAUGAAGAGGGACUGGAGCGUAACCGUGGAUAAACGAGAUCGCAGGAUGAUGUUAGACACAGCCAAGAUCUCUCGAAAUCUAUCGAUAAGCAGCACCAUACUGGUUCAAAUAGUGGUGGUUAUCUAUGUGAUGUUUCGAUUCAUCGUCAUGCGACAUACCGGUCGUCAAUUAUUCUUCCGCGCGUAUUUUCCUUACAACGUGAGCAGUAGCCCUUCUUUCGAAUUCACCUUUCUCGGACAAUUAAUCGCUGCUGUGUUUGCGGCAAUUACUUACACGGCAGUGGACACUUUCAUCGCCACUCUCGUGCUUCAUACGUGCGGUCAACUCGCGAAUUUACGUAGGAAACUAACGAAUCUACAUGCCUGCACGAGAGCAGAGUUCCAGGCUAAGAUGGGAAGGAUCGUGAGGAAACACGAAUAUCUUAACAGAUUUGCAGAAACAAUCGAGGACUGCUUCAACAUGAUGCUUCUGAUACAAAUGCUAGGAUGCUCAAUGCAACUUUGUUUCCAGUGUUUGCAAGCGUUUAUGUCGCUGUUUGGCGAAAUGAAUCAACUUCUCAUCUUUCAAAUCAUCUUCCUAAUGGUAUACGUAGUUUAUAUAUUAUUGCAGUUGUACCUGUACUGUUACAUCGGCGAAAGAUUACUUAUCGAGAGCACGAAAAUAGCAGACGCGGCGUAUGAUUGCAGUUGGUACAACCUGUCAGCGUGCGAAGCAAAAUCGCUAAUGAUCAUCAUGUGUCGUGCUCGGUCGCCAUUACAAAUUACCGCCGGCCGAUUUUGUUCCUUCAACCGAGAACUUUUCAGCGAGGUUCUGAAGAGAUCGGUCGCUUAUAUGUCAUUCUUCUGCACAAUGAUGAAUUUAACGUGA